AUGCUGUGCCCGCCCUCCGCUGCCUCCGCCGCCAUGCAGCCGCCGCACAUCCAGUCCGCCCACAUCGCAACUGACUCCGCCGCCCCCGCGCCACCCACAUCACUCGCCCCUUCCAGACACUCGGCUCUUCCCGGCGCCGCCGCUCCACACCCACCCCCACGGCCCGCCUGCUCCCCUCUGCUCGCCCCUGCCCUUGCAGAUGGCCCAGCCCCCCGGACCAGGAACCCCACGCCGGCCGCCGCCCUCGGCUCCCCGCCGCCCCUCUGCGUCUGCCCCCGCCGCCCGCUGCCGUUGCCCCCGCCGCACCCGCUGCCUCUGCCGCCGCCCCCGCCCCCCGGCGCCGGCGACCUGCCACUGCACGCCAUGCUCCCGGUGGGGGCAGACGCCGCCGACUGCACCAUGGCCUGCUACCGCUACGCGUCGCCCCAUAUGCAGCCGCCGCAACAGCAGUGA